CCCACCAACCCAACACAAAUCAACACUAUAAAAUUGCCCCAUACCACUGAGAAAUUAGCACAAGCAUGGACUAUCUCAAUGCAAAUACAAACUGCAGAUUGCUGUUAAUCGGUAACAUGCAGUCUCAUAAAAGAAUGAUCGGAGUACUAGUACUCUUGAUGCUAACUUGGCUGUCAUCAGUAUCAUCAAUCACAGACUGCGAGACGGUAUCGGCAUUGAUCUCUUCUUGCUCCACCUUCAUCAAGUAUGGCUCACCUGACCCCUUUCCCAGCUCGCCGUGCUGUGAUGCAAUGGGCAGCCUCAACUUAAUAGCCGAUUCUCCGAAUAAUAGGCCAUUGGUUUGUAAAUGUUUGAUGAGCCUUAUCACCACUAACAACCGUAAUGCCACAGCUAUAGCUACUUUGCCUGGCUUCUGUGGCGUCUAUUUGGGCUUCACCAUCGAUCCCAACACUGACUGCAACUACAUCACAUGACUGGAAAUUACAAGACAUGGAGUUAACUUCUCAGAUUACAAAAAUGAAGCUCAAAUUUAGGUCUUUUGAUGACAGAGAAGAAGAAGAAGAAGAGCUAGCCAUUAUGUGCCAUUAUUAUGCUAGUUUUGUUGCUAUUCCUUUAGUUCUAGGUGAUGCUUGUAUGAAUCAUGAACCUGAUCAUAUUAAAUCUAUGAGCUUAUCAAUUCCGUCUA